AUGUCUGGGAAGAGAAAGUCGUCGAAAAACAACUCUGGUGAUGACGUAGAGACGAAUGAGAGCUAUCUUCUAUCACUAAUCAAGGAUGAGCUAGGGAAACUCUCCAAUUCCUUGAAUGCUAAGCUGACCGUUUUGGAGCAGUCGAUCGACAGUGUACGAGAGGGACAAAGUAGCAUUGUCAACUCGCUGUCGUUCCUCAACGAGAAAUUUGAGGAAAUGAAGUUGAAGGCCGAGAAGAUUGAAAAGGAGAACAGAGAACUGAGGGAGCAGAACAUCUGUCUUCAGAAGAGGUUCAGUGAGUUGACCUUCCAGCUUAACGAUCUUGACCAGUACCACAGGAGAGUCAACUUGGAGGUGGCAGGUGUACCAGAACGACCGGGAGAGGUUCCUGAAAGGAUCAUACUCAAUAUUGCAAAACACAUCAGCCCAGAGCUUGCAGCAUCCGACUUCGAUGUGGUUCAUCGGCUGGGUUCCAAGCGCCAAGCUGAUAACAGAGCCCGUCCAAUCAUCGUGCGAUUCACCACAAGACGUGCUCGGAACAUCAUGUAUGAUGGAAGAAGAAAGCUGAAGACCCUCAGCACAAAAUAUCUUGGAUACAACAGCGAUGGCAAGAUCUACCUCAAUGAAAACUUGAUCGCUUCCACUAAGGAGCUAAUGAAAGAUCUCAACAAGGCCCGCCGAGAUGCCGGAUACAAGUUCUUGUGGACCCAGAAUGGCCGAAUCUAUGUAAGGAAGGAUGAGAAGUGUCAACCCAUCAUCAUUCAUUCCAGAGAGGACUUUUCCAAACUGUAG